CAAAUCUUUCCUAAAAUAAAGCUAUAAAUAUGACUGAUACCAUUCUUCAAUGUCAUAGCUAAUUCGCAAGCUUGACUAGCGAUAUGGCUUCGAAAGUCUUUCUUAUUUGUAUGGUGGCCUCUGUUAUUGGAUUAACCAACGCAGUUUAUAAUUCUGAAAGAGAUGCUAGCAGAUUCCUGCAGGAUUCUAGUAUAAGACUUUAUCAUUUGUACAAUGAAAUCUCAAAUGAAACUUAUCAAAUUGACGAUAAGCUUUUCUUUGCUGCCUUAGAAGACAAUGGAAUAGCUCAUAGGAUAGCAAAUGUGAUAUUAUCGGUUUCUAAGGAGGCCAGGAAAUAUAAUACUGCCGGCUUUAAGAACUUAAAUGUAAUAAAGGGAAUUCGGAAAUUAAGAUCGGCAGACUUAUUUGUUCUUGAAGAUGAUUUCUUCAGUAACUUGGCUACGUCACUGUUGGGACUUCAGGGUGCUGCAACGGAAAAAGAUGUCUGUAGUUAUAUGGAACCAGGAAAUUGCAACAUGGCCCUACUUCCAGAUAUAAGAAAAGUUUUCUCCAACAGCCUUGAUCCUAAGGAACUGCAAUACUAUUGGGGAGAAUGGCGCCAGAAGCAGUUGAGUUCAGGAAAUUUGAAGUUUAUGAAUAUAGUAGAACUCUUUAGGAGAGCUGCUGAUUUAAAUGGACAGUCGGUGCGUGAGUUUUGGUUCCGAAAUUACGACGAUCUGGAAUUUUUCAAUGACAUGGAGAUUGUUAUGGGACAAUUAAAGCCUUUUUAUCAGGAGUUUCAUGCUUAUAUUCGACUUGAGUUAUCAAGAAAGUAUGGAACUGCAGUUGUGAACCAAGAGGGACCGAUACCGGAUCAUCUAAUUGAGCAAGUCUUGCUACAGGCCUGGAAGAAAGAAAGUGUGCUGAGUCAAUCUUAUCCCAAAGAAAGACUACCAAAUUUACAGGAAGGUCUUGAAUCUCAGGGCUUCGACAUUGAGAAAAUAUUGGAGUAUGCUGAAGAUUUCUAUCAAUCCCUUGGUUUUGAACCGAUUCCGAAAACAAUCAAAGAAAACCGCUUCAAGUUCAUUUCUCAAGGAGUAGGAAAAAUUGGAAUUGACUGCAAACCAGACAUUUUCGACAAGACUUCCUGGAUUUACAUGAAAUAUUGCAAAACGUCAACUUUCAAACGCUUCCUUCAAACCCAUGGUUAUAUGGGACGCUUACAUUAUGCUCUUGAAAAAAAGAACCUCCCAUUCUAUUUCUUUUCAUCUUUUAAUUUAGAAUAUCCUCUAGGAGAAGCGGUGAUUCUGUCAGCUUCAACUCCCAAUCAUAUGAACCGAGCUGAAAUUUUGAAUCAUUUCAACUACACCAAUGAACUUGCUAUGAAUCGUUUAUUUAGAAUGGGCGUCCAUACAAUGUUUAAUGUUGUACAACAUUUUGUUAAUACAAAAUUGAUGAUUGAUGUUUUGGAAGCACGAGUGCCAUUGGAGAGAGCAAACCAACAUUAUUGGAAGCUGAUGGAUGAGUUUGCUGGAAUUGAACCACCAGUUGAUAGAAAACUAAAAUAUAUUGAUUUUUCGUAUAAGUUCUUUGAAGAUCUUGCACAAAAUCACCAAACAAGAAAAUUUGCUUCUGAAAUUCUUGGUUAUCAAAUGUAUGAGUCGUUUUGUCUAACUAGUGGAGGUUUUGUGCCAGAUGAUCCAAACAAGCCUUUACAUGCAUGUGAUUUCUUUGGAAGUAAGGACGUUGGAACUGCCAUGAAAAAAAUGAUGAAAAUGGGAUCAGCUACUUCAUGGCGAGCUGCAAUGAGCAGAGCAGUACAAGAAUUUCCAGCAAUGUCAGCUAAUUCGUUAUUAGAAUACUAUAAGCCAUUGCAUAUCUGGCUAAAGGAAAGAAAUAGUUUGUCAGGUACAAAGAUUGGAUGGAUUCCAUCUACGAAAGUUGUUCUUUAAAAAAUUGGGAAUAUUAAAAAUAUAAAUAAAUACCUACCUAUUUCAUAAAAACAAAGAUAAAACGAAUAAAAAUUUGUCAAAUAUUUA